AUGAAAUACUUUAAUAGCACUCUGGAGUUCUUACCCACAACAUUCGUUUUGGCUGGCAUCCCAGGACUGGAGACAGAGCAAGUCUGGAUAUCCAUUCCCUUCUGCCUAAUAUACAUCGUCAUCUUCCUUGGCAAUGGCACCAUUCUUCAUGUCAUCAGAACAGAUCCUGCCCUACAUCAACCCAUGUAUCUCUUUCUUGCCAUGUUGGCACUGGCUGAAGUUGGUGUCUCUGCAUCCACUUUGCCUACAGUGCUGGGUAUAUUUCUUUUUGGUAUCACUGAGAUUAGUUUUGAAGCAUGCCUUUUCCAGAUGUUCUCCAUCCACUCUUUCUCUAUCAUGGAAUCAGCUGUGUUGCUUGCCAUGUCGGUGGAUCGUUUUGUGGCCAUCUACAGCCCACUGCAGUAUACUACAAUCCUGACACUUCCCCGCAUCUUUAGCACAGGAACUAUCAUCGGGUUAAAAAGUGUUCUACUCAUGGCCCCAUUGCCUAUGCUCUUGAGACGGUUGCCCUUCUGUGGCCAUAAUGUCCUCGCCCACUCUUACUGCCUCCACCCCAACCUCAUCCACCUACCUUGCGGGGACACGUCUAUCAACAAUAUCUACGGACUUUUCAUUGUUCUCUCCACUUUUGGGCUGGAUUCAUUGCUCAUUGUAGUCUCCUAUGGACUGAUCCUCCAUACUGUACUGGGUAUUGCCACUGGAGAAGGGAGGAAGAAGGCACUUGGUACGUGUGGUUCACAUGUCUGUGCAGUACUUGCAUAUUAUGUGCCCAUGAUUGGCCUGUCUAUGGUGCAUCGCUUUGGACACCAUGUGUCUCCUCUGCUCCAAGUCAUGAUGGCCAAUGCCUAUCUCUUCUUCCCACCAGUUGUUAAUCCCAUUGUCUACAGCAUUAAGACCAAGGAGAUCCGUCGUGGCAUUUUCCGAAUGUUAUCAGAGAAGAGAUUUGGAGUUUAG